AUGUGUCACAACGGAAAAAUGCAAUCUCCGAUAGACAUUCCACCCGAUGAACUGCUUUUCGAUCCCAAUAUGAGGCCGAUCCAUAUUGAUCGAAUCAGCGUUUGUUUUCGAAGUUAUUGCAAACUUCCGUCACAAACGAUCAGUCUGGAAUUUAAGGUGAUGUCGGAAAUGCUGAACACCGGUCAGAUGCCUCGGAUUCGUAUAGGAAACUCACUACGGAAACCGAGUGCCAAUCUUACUGGUGGACCGUUACAUGGCUACAAAUACAGAAUUCAACGGAUAGACAUCCAUAUUGGAAGAGAAGGCAUAAAUGGGAGCGAGCAUACUAUUGAUGGCAAGAGGUUUCCAAUGGAGAUACAAUUGUUGGCUUACAACACCGAUCUGUACGGAAAUUUUUCAUCAGCAUCGCGUCUGCCUCAUGGAAUCGCCGCCAUCUCAGUGCUUGUAGACUACGGAACUGAAACAAACCACGAGUUACUAAAGCUCACUGUUGCCGCAGCAAGCACCAUAUACAAAGGUCAGCGGGUUGAGCUCAUUGACUUGGAGCCAUGGCGCUUAUUACCGUACACCCGAAAUAUCAUCUCAUAUGAGGGGUCAAUGACGUCUCCAGGCUGCCACGAGACGGUCACAUGGAUUAUCGUGAAUCAACCAAUUCAUAUCACCCGCGAUAAUGUGAGUGCAAAUGUUUAA